GUCGGAGAGUCACUGCUGACAGUUGUAGCCCAGUGUCUGGAUUAUCAUAACAACCCAGCGACAAGAGUCAGGCCUUCAGCAUCACAAGAUGUGAGAGUGGCAGCUGGAAAAAACAUGAACCAAGGGCAUAACGCUGACACAGAAGGCCAUGCAAGGUCAAGCUCUGAGCCUGAGUGAGACUGCCUGUCCCACAUAUCAUUGAGGACACCAGCCAUUCCAUAUAAGUUAUUAGGAGCUGCAGGGAGCAAGAGGAGGCACAUGCAAAGUGUUGUUGUUGUGUCAAGAGAGGAGCCAAUGACUUUGUGUUGACAGCUGAAGUGUACAGGAUACAGCAGGUCUUUUCAACAAUCUUUCCGUUCGGCCUCAGCGAGCACAGGAGGACGUAGAUCAUCUGGAAAGAUGUUCUUUGUGGCAGGAGCCAAAAAUACAAGAGGGGCGGUGAGAGGAAAUGAGAGGAGCUCAAUCUACCAGAAAUUUCGAGAGGUAGAUUUAUUAGACAAGAAGAAGACAGUGACAGCUCUAAAGCCCGGAGAAGAUCGGGCCAUUUUCCUUGGUCUGGGAAUGAUCCUCUCAUCUGUCAUGAUGUACUUUGUCCUGGGGAUCACCAUAUUACGCUCCUAUGCAGACAGUGUGUGGACAGAGGAGGGUGUGUGUGUUGUUCGCAACUCCACGGUCACAGCAGACAUGAACUGUUCCUACAACUGUGGGUCAGACUGCUGGAGAGUCUCCAAAUACCCCUGUCUGCAGGUCUACGUGAGCGUCAAUAACACGGGCCGUGUCAGCCGUUUAUCUCACAAUGAAGAGACCCAGGAUGCCAGCUCUGAAUGUUUCUAUGUGCCCAGGUGCCAGAAGGACAGCGUGGCCAUGCACACCAUGAUUAUGAACAUAUCAGAGCACUUGAAGGUCAACCAGCAGGUCCCCUGUUACUACGACCCCUCCGAGCAGCAGGAGACCGUUCUCCUGACCCGGCUGUAUGACCACAGCGUCGUCCUCCACUCGCUGCUCUGGCCCUCCUGCAUGAUCACAGGAGGGGCCCUCAUCAUCAUGAUGGUGAAGCUCACACAGUACCUUUCCAGACUCAGUGAGGAGAUAGGGAAGAUCAAGAGGUGAAAUACAUUCGGCAGCUAUGAAAGCCAAGCAUAUGGUGGUUCAGUGACGGACACGUGAUGUGACAAGGAUUGUUUGAAGCAAGCAACCUUGGUGUGACCUCUAGCAAACUUUCCUCCUCAGCUGAGACAUGUGGAACAGAUGAGAUUCACUGCGGCCUGAGGAUGUGACUGUUUAUAAAAGUGGAGUGAAUGUUCCAAGGCGGCAACUGUCUGACGUGUAGCUGGCUCUUGUACAAGGAAAACUGGACUGGGUUUUGCAUGGUGUUAGUAGAUAACAAAAAAACUCUGUAGUUACUUGUUUACAAGGAAGUUCAUUCUACCAGGAAAUUUAAAUCCAGUGUAUUAUAUGACACCAAUUAUAUUGCUAAUGUUUUUAUGAUAAUGCCAAAAAACAGACAUAGCAAAACACU